AUGCGGUUCAUCGGCCUUUGCCUUUAGUUCCUGCGCCUCUUCUGUUCCUCUUAGUCUCCCUUAUGAGCGGCGGCGAUGCGGUCGUUGGUGGGGUUCUUGCUGGUCCUGGCAGCGGCCACCUCGGGCCUUUAUUUGCUAACUGCCUGGUUGCCUGGAGGGCCGCGCGAGGGAAGCAGGUCAUUAAAAUUCCCUUCAGAUCUAAAGGAACUACAAGAACUUGCAGCAUUUCUACAUUACUACAAUAAAGAGCACCAUGCAUACGUGAUUCUGCUUUUCUGCAGUGCUUACCUGUACAAACAAACUUUUGCCAUACCUGGCUCUAGCUUUCUGAACAUCCUUGCUGGGGCUCUCUUUGGACCAUGGAUAGGACUUCUGUUAUGUUCUACUUUGACUUCUGUGGGUGCUACUUGUUGCUAUGGACUAUCCAAUAUUUUUGGGAAAAACUUCAUUACCUACUAUUUUCCUGAUAAAGUCACCAUGCUUCAGAGGAAGGUAGAAGAAAAUAGACAUUCCUUGUUCUUCUUCUUGUUAUUUUUGAGACUGCUCCCCAUGACUCCAAACUGGUUUCUGAAUCUUGCAUCUCCAGUCUUGAACAUCAAUGUGACUCAGUUUUUCUUCUCUGUUCUCAUAGGAUUGACUCCCUAUAAUUUUAUCUGUGUCCAGACAGGCUCUGUACUUUCACAGAUAUCUUCCCUGGAUAACAUUUUAUCCUGGAGUAACUUAUUCAAGAUGUUGGCUAUAGCCAUGAUGGCAUUAAUCCCUGGGACUCUUAUUAAGAAAUUCAGUCAGAAACAUUUCAAAUUAGACAAAAGUGAACAGAAAAGUCAUUUGCUGAAUGGAAAGAAAUGCAACUGAAUAGACCACCCCUAAACAGAUAUCAGAUGACGUGGAAUUCUAUUUAAGGGAGAAUUGGAAAAUAGGUAUUUUGAAUCUGUUGUCUGUUAUCACUGAACUUUGGACUUAUCGCUGUUUGGGGCAUCUUUUUUCCCUACUGUAUAAAGAUGAGUCUUUAAAAAUACUGUUUUUUAAAAAAAGAGAUGAGACUGUAUGUCCCAUUUUAUAAAAUUACUUGUGAUCUAGUUUAUCCAGAAGUCAGAAUUUGGGGGGGGGGGCAAGUGGACCUGCAUCUAUUGAUUUGAGGAAAUCUAAAUCCUAGCAUCACUGAGGAAAUAAGCCUGAAAUUGCUUGUCAGAUGAACAGCAUUUGUUUUGCACAUGAAGCAGUUACAAUGUAGUAUUUGGGCCAAAUAUUGAUUUGUUUAAAUAAUGGCAAUGAUUAAUUGUAUUUCCUUCCAAUGUGAGGAAUGCAGUGAGGUUUUGUAUUAUUUCCUUUCGCCUGUUGGAAUAUGAGAAAGAAAAAGGAUAUAGAGGGAGCUACAGCCAUGUAGGAAUGGCUUGCUUCUUAUCUUUCUCAUUAUUAAAAAUUUUAAUAAGUAACUUAUUUUAUGAUUUCCUAUAUAACAUGAAAUAUUUGUGGGGCCUAGAAGAUUUCAGGUUAAGCCUGAAGAAAUUUUCUAACAGUAUGCUCUGUGGAAAAUUGCAUUUUUCACUUUUCAGAAUAAAAUUUUUAUCUUUACAUAAUUGCUA